GGGAGGGCGGCACUAGGACCCGGCCUGAGCGGCGGCGGCGCGCUCGGUAUCGGCAGCGCUAUCAGCAACGGCAGCGAUAUCAGUAACGGGCGCGGUAACGGUACCGGCAUCGGCAGCGCUCUCAAUAUCGGCAGCGGUAUCGAGCGACGAUGUGAGCCCCGGUGCCGGCAUGGCCGAGCCCGCCGGAGGGCCCGGGCAGCGCCCGCCGCCCGCGGGGCGCAGGAGGUGACGGAUCCCCAUGAGAGCCCCCGGCAGGCGAGGUGCUCGCGGGUCACCGGCGAUCGCUGUGUGCUGAGGCUGGCACAGAGACAUGAGUGGCAGCACGAGCCAGCGCGCCGCCGCCCUGGGGGUCCUCUUUGCCCUGAUCAUGUUGCUGAUCAUCUACAGCUCCGGCAACGGGAGCGAGGUGUUCCCCUACAGCCGCCUGCGGGGCAGAGCCCGCCGGCCCCCCGACCUCAAGAAGUGGGGGGUGAAAAGCGGGUACCUGCCUGUGUGCGGGAACAAGACCCUGACAGCCCGCUGCCACCAAUGCGUCAUUGUCACCAGCUCCAGCCACCUGCUGGGCACCCACCUGGGCACGGCCAUCGACGGGGCUGAGUGCACCAUCCGCAUGAACGACGCUCCCACCACGGGCUACAGUGCUGAUGUGGGCAACAAGACCAGCUUCCGUGUGGUGGCCCACUCCAGCCUCUACCGUGUCCUCAAGCGGCCCCAGGAGUUCGUCAACAAGACCCCGGAGACCAUGUUCAUCUUCUGGGGGCCGCCCACCAAGAUGCAGAAGAGCCUCCUGAAGAUCAUCCAGCGCGUCUGCGCCUCCUUCCCCAACAUGACAGCCUACGUUGUCUCCCCCGGCCGCAUGAAGCAGUUUGAUGAACUGUUUCGGGGAGAGACAGGGAAGGACAGGGAGAAGUCUCGCUCGUGGCUCAGCACUGGCUGGUUCACCAUGGUGAUUGCAGUGGAGCUGUGUGAUGCCAUCCACGUCUAUGGCAUGGUGCCACCCAGCUACUGCGGCCGCCACCCCCCACCCCGCCGCCUGCCCUACCACUACUACGAGCCCAAGGGCCCCGACGAGUGCACGACCUACAUCCACAACGAGCGGAGCCGCCGCGGCAACCACCACCGCUUCAUCACCGAGAAAAGGGUCUUUGCCAGCUGGGCCGGCCUCUACAACAUCACCUUCUCCCACCCCUCCUGGACCUAGGGGCUGCCCCACGCCUGCUGGGCAGCUGGCAUGGAUGGGGGGUCCCCUGCAUCCCCCUGGCAGUGGUGGGAUCAGGCGCCACAGGGCCGCUGCUGUUGUGCGUGGUGGCUCCUGGCACCUGGGAUGUGUUGGGUUUUGAGCUGGGUUUUGGGGACCAGGUGGUGAAUGUAAGAUUUGGGGUGUCCCCUGAGCUGGGUUUUGGGGACCAGGUGGUGAAUGUAAAACUUGGGGUGUCCCCCCUCCAUGUGCAGGAUACUUGGGGGUGAUAUCCUGCCCCAUCCUGGUCCAUGCACACUGCAGCCCCUGUGAGGCUCUAAGGGGAUUCCAGGUCCCCUCAGCUCAGUUUUGGUUUGCAAAGCUUCUGGGGUCACCACAGAGACUUUCCCCCAACUGUCUGGGUGAGGAGACCCCUCUUGGAGCUCAGCCCAGCCCCUCAUCCCCGUCCUGAGUCAUCCUUCCCACAGCAGAACCCCACAGUUUUUGCUGGGACCCCACAGGGGUGACAUUACCACCCUCCCUGUCCCAGCACCCCAAAAACACCAGCCCCUCCCAGCACCGCUGUGCCCCACACUGCCAAAACCUUUUCUAACUGAAAGAUGGGGUUUUUGGGAGCUUUUUGGAGGUUUUGGCUUUUUUUUCUCCCCACUUCUAAUCCUGGGGUUUCUACUGGGGUUUCCUGGAUGAAGGAGUGAGCAGGGGCUGUUCAUUAGUGGAAACAAAGCGCCAGCAGCUGCUUAUAAACAAUUUAGAAGUGGGCAGGUAGUGGGGGGCAGUGGUGCCUCUUGGCACCCUGUGGCUGGGACAGGACUUUGUUAUUAAUUUCUCAGCAGCAGAGAAGCUGAUCUGGGGAAAGCACCUAAAUAUGGCAUGUUUGGGUGCUGAGCCUUGGCAGGAAUCCAUUCCUCAGUUUCCCCGUGGCUGUGGCUGGGGUUUUGGGGGGCUCAGUGCUGGGGGAAGCAGUGGGGCAUCCAUGUUUUGUAAUUGUUUGUACAGGAAUAAAUAUUGCUGCAGUCUGGUACCUUGA